AUGGCCGAAACAAACACCACCGGCUCGCCUUCCUACCUGGGUCUGAAAGGCCAGCCUCUUCUCUACGCCGUCACUCUAUGCUGUUCAGUCUCCUUCCUCCUCUUUGGAUAUGAUCUUGGCUUCAUGGGUGGCCUGACCACCAACACCGAGUUUCUCAACCAGUUCGGUAACCCCAACUCUACUCUUCUCGGAUUCUUGGUCUCGGCGUACGAAGUCGGCGCCAUGUUCGGCGCUCUCGCGCAGUUUGCCGUCGGCGACUACUUUGGUGGACGCAAGAACAACAACAUUAUUGGCAUCAGCACUCUUAUUGUCGGUGCCGCUAUCCAGACCUCGUCGUUCUCUCAAGGCCAGUUCAUUGCCGGUCGCAUCGUCGCCGGUCUUGGUCUCGGUGUCGUCACCACCGUCAUCCCUAUUUGGCUUUCGGAGUGCACUGUUCCCAAGUCGCGUGGUCGCAUGAUGGCUAUGCAGCUCUCGACUAUGAUUCUCGGUCUGAUUAUCGCAAACUGGCUCGACUACGGUAUGGCCGAGCAUCACACUGGAUCAAUUCAGUGGCGCCUGCCUUGCGGUUUCCAGAUCGUGUUUGCAAUCUUUGUGCUUGCAUUGAUCCCAUGGCUACCCGAGUCGCCUCGUUAUCUUGCUUCGGCUGGUAAGAAUGAGGAGGCCGAGUAUGCUCUUGCUGCUUUGCGUGGCGGCUUUCCUGAGACUCCUGAGAUUGCCUACGAGUUUAAGGAGAUCAAGUACGCGAUCGCUGUCGAGUCUGAGGAUGUUGGUGGAUGGUCUGAUAUUUUCCACGACAACGGCAUCUCUGGCUUCACCCGGGUUGCUAUUGCCUUCUCUGCCAAUUUCUUCCAGCAGAUGUCAGGUGUCAAUGUCAUGUCGUCUCUUGGUCCCUAUGUCUUUGAGAACUCGAUCGGCAUGUCGUCGCACAACGCUAUGCUUGUCUCCGGCGGUUUGCAGGUCUGGUACUUUCUGUCGUCCUUGGUGCCGUGGUACGCUGUCGACAAGUUUGGUCGUCGCAAGCUCUUCUUGACUGGCUCUAUCGGCAUGUUUUCUUGCAUGACCCUCUCGGCCAUCUUCGUCGGCGUCAACACCAAGGGAACCGGUUAUGCGGCCGCUGCUGUGCUUUACAUCUUCCACUCUUUCUUCACUCUUGGAUGGCAGUCGAAUAUGUGGGUAUACCCCUCUGAGUUGCUUCCUCUUAGACUCCGUCUGCGUGGUGGUGCACUCUCCGUGGUUUCUCAGUGGAUGUUUACCUUUGUCGUUGUCGAGAUCACUCCGGUUAUGAUUGACAACAUUGGUUACAAGUCAUAUAUUGUCUUUGCCAUCUUCAACCUCUGCACCCUGCCCCUCGUGUACUUCUGCUACCCUGAGACGUCGCGACAGCCAUUGGAGGUCAUCGACUUGCUCUUUGCUGAUAAGGAGGAUGGAACCCGCCCGACCAUCUUUGAGGUUGUCAAGAACUCCACGAAUCCCGAAUUUGCUCGCAGCAUCGAGGAGCAGCUGAAGGAGAACUCGAGACUGCGGGAUGAGAAUGAAAACAUCAUCGAUGAGACGAAGGCAGAGGCUAUGCAUCUGGAGAAGGAUCCGGCAUUGCAGGUUUAA